AUGGCCGUCACGGCUGACGAGCUCCGUGUCGUGGAGCAGGAAAAUAAAUUGUUGGAGUUGACCAAUGCGGACUGUAGGGCAUUGUUAGCUCACCACUUGAUCAUGAAGCGGCAUCUAAUAAUCCUUUUUCCCUGCAAGAUGGCUUCAUACAACGAUAAGAGGGAGCGGGCUUACAAUGUUAUACUCCCGCUAUCACUUGCCACCAUGUGCCACAACACACAUUCUCCAACUCGUGCAACGAGUACUCAGCCAUCUUGGGUCAGCGACAUGAUGGCCCACGUUGAACCUGACCGAGUUGCAGAAUUCUCUAUCUGUGGAACCGGGGAUGAUGUCUCUGUGUUCUGGGAACCUGACUUGUCAUACACGGACCCUUUUAUCCUCCCUGCAUUGUUGUUUCAGUCAGCAUCUGAACAGAACUUGAAAUUUCCAAUACUUCCAUCUCCCGCUCCAGAUGCAAAAUCCUCCAAGCUCGGUACUGAUGUACUGGCCCUUCCAUUGCACGCAUCUCAAGCAAGACACGGAGGUACUGCUCUCGAGCACCUCGUAAGAGUCAUAUACACUAUGCAGAAUGCUGAAAGGAAGGGCAGUCACGGUGAAGAGAAGAAAGCCGAAGCUUAUCGAGUAGGUGGCGAGCUUAUGGUUCGAGCACAAGUUACUCGUAACACUCGCAAGCGGAAGCUUGACGAUGUCGAUAUCGACCCCGACAACGGGUGUAAGGAGAAUACCUCUCCACAUCAGGCGCCCAAGGAGCUGUCUCUGCACGGUGUUCCCUGUACCAAGCGUAUCUGUCGGGAGAAGACGGGCACUGAAUGGCAAACGGUGCUUGAUGUUAUUAGACAUGGCGAGGAGGUACUACGAAACAAGCCAGUAUUGUAA